AUGGACACGGCGGAUGCCAGCGUGCUGUUGCCCGACGACCAGGAGAUUCUGGGAGCACUGAAGAGCUUUCUGAUUCGGAAGAAUGCAGCAAUACGACGGCAGACCGGCAAUAACCGCGGCGAUCUGGCCGAGCAGGUGCGCCAGCAGCGGCACGAAAUCAUCGAAUUGCGCAACAGGUGCCGCGUGCUCGAGGAGAAGCUCCAGUCGUACGAGCGGGGCACUCCUAAGAAGACCCAUCUGUCGCCACUAAAAGCUCAGCAGCACUCGCCAACGUAUUCUGCGCUUUCUGGCACAGAGACCGAGGACUCGGAGUUCAACACGCCACGAAAACUGCGGCUGGUGGGCACGGCCGCUCUCGUGGCGACGAGUCCCGCAAAGAACGACUCAAUCCUGCAAGACUGCGACGAAGAAUCACUAAAGGUGCUAACACAGAGCAACUCGCAGCAGCCACGCGAAAAAAUCCGGCAGAUGGCCGUGGUGGACCUGACACAGCAUCCGGGCCGCAAGGGUAACUGGUGGCCGGAGGAUUUCAAGCCGAACCCGGAAACCAACUUUGGACAAACAGAGGCGUUCAAGUUGCGUCGCAUUAAUGCCAAGUACGCGCAUCCAGCGUUGCAGACACAGUACAAGUACCAGCAGCAGCAUCUGAAGCAGGAGGCCAUGAAAGAUUUCAAUCGGCUGGCAGGACAGGUAGAGCCGGUGACGCCUGGAGUGAAGCUGGUGUGGAGCGCUGCCGACGCUGCGUCGCUGCCGACGCCGCUGAAAACUCCCGACCAGGCCCUGAGCAACCCGAAAAUCGACCCGGUGUUUAAAUUUGAGAUCAACAGGUCCAACUACAAAAAUCUCGACCUCAACCUGAACAGCAACAAAAUUAAGCUCUGGCUCGACCUGCAGGACUCGCCGCCGGGCCACGAGCGGUCGGAGUUCCCCACGCCGUCGCAGUCGGAAGCAGACCGACAGAAAAGCGUCAAGCGUGCCAGACUGGUGGCUCUGCAAAGACUGUUCCAGGCGGUGUUCAUGGUGCAACCAACAGACAAGUCAGGAACGUCGUACCAGCAGGUUGGCAAGUUUAUUUUCCGCAACGACGAAUGGAACCAGCUCGUGAGACGCAACGAGUUCCACAUCGACGAGUCGGUGUUCUACAACGCCGAAUAG